AUGGGGUUUUCUCAAAAAUGGGGGUGUGUGGUGCCCCUUGUUGUUAUUUUGGUGUUGAAUAUGAGUGUUGAGAUUGUUUCUGAUGAGAAAGUUGAGGUGAAGGGUCGUCGUGGCCAUCAUGGAAAAGGACACAAUGGCGGUGUAAGAGGAGGGGAAGGCUUUGGUGCUGGUGCUGGAGGGGGUGGUGGAGCUGGAGGAGGAAUAGGUGCUGGUUCAGGGAGUGGUGUUGGAUUUGGAGGUGGAGGUGGAGGUGGAGGUGGGCUCGGUGCGAGUGCAAGUGAUAGUGGAGGAGGCGGAGGAGGUGGAAAAGGUGGUGGAGGUAGUAUUGGAGGUGGUUUUGGGUCAGGUGGAGGAUAUGGAGGUGGAGGUGGGUUCAGUGGGAGUGGAAGUGGAGGUUUAGGAGGAGGCGGGGGAGGUGGAAAAGGUGGUGGAGCUGGUAGUAUUGGAGGUGGUUUUGGGUCAGGUGGAGGGUUUGGAGCAGGAGGUGGCAGUACAGGCGAAGGUCAUGGAGGAGGAGGUGGUGGAGGCAGUACUAUUGGGGGUGGUUCCGGCUCGGGUGGAGGGACUGGAGCAGGAGGUGGUGCUGGUGGCAGUACAAGUGGUGGUCAUGGAGGAGGUGGUGGAGGUGGCUUUGGCUCUGGUGUUGGGGGUGGUUUCGGUUCAGGUGGAGGGAUUGGAGUAGGAGGUGGUGCUGGUGGCAGUACAGGUGAAGGAGGGAUUGGGGCAAGAGGUGUUUGGGGUGAUUCGGGAUCAGUUGGAGGGAUUGGAGGGUUUGGAGCAAGAGGUGGAGGAUUUGGCUAUGGCAGUGGAUUUGGUGCCGGUGGUUCAGGACAAGGUGGUGCAAUUGUGUAG